UGACGCACACCGACCAGCUUUUCCUUGCUCAGUUAUUAGUCUAGUUUUUUUACGCCCUCUGCUUUAAUAUAGUGAUCUGAUAUGGGACCGCGUGUCACUGUCAGGGUUCCGCUGUCAUGUUCGUUACCGGCAGAAUGUUGAGCAACACCGGUGGAGUCGCGAGGGAAUUCCUAAUGUGGAGCGCUAUCUGGAUCACAGACAACUGACCCCAAAACAAGGAACAUGAGACGCGGUAAAGUUCCCAUACCGAUACUGGAUGUACUAUCGGCUAUUCUGCUGCUCAUGCACCUGUCUGAAAUGGCAACCAGGGCUGCAGCAAUGGUGUCCAGCAGGGUGUCAGUAGAGAGCAGUUGUCCUCUGGGCCAGUUUCCCUGUGGUAAUGUGACAGUGUGUCUACACCAGGCUCUACAGUGUAAUGGACAUAGAGACUGUCCCAAUGGAGCCGACGAGGACAACUGUGGAGACAACAGUGGAUGGGCGGACAUCUUUGAUCGAACCAUCAGGAAGGUCAAACCACAGGUCCUACCGUUACCAGAAGACUGCUUCUUGCAGCAGUACCCACAGCGUUGUGACUGUAUCAAGACAGAGCUGGAGUGUGUGGAAGUCAACCUACAUGACGUUCCUCAAGUCUCCACCAAUGUCACCUGGCUGUCUCUGAAGAGUAACGAGAUAAAGAGACUGUCGGACAACAUCUUCUCCAAAUACACACACCUGCAGAGACUGUUCUUACAGAAUAACAGCAUCCAGACAAUCUCCACUCAAGCCUUCAGUGGACUCUACAAACUGGAGAGACUGUUUCUCAGUGAGAACUCCAUCUCAUCUCUCAGCCCGGGUGUGUUCAGUGAUCUCCAUAAUUUAUGGUGGCUGGUGCUGGAUCACAACCCCCUGAACAGUGUUUCCCAAGACACCUUCACCGGCCUCACCUCCCUCAUGUUCCUCUCCAUGGUUAAUACAUCUCUGGUGCAGCUCCCCCAGCCCAGCCUCUGUCACCACACACCUAACCUCAGCUGGGUGGAUUUUGAGGGUAACCAGGUCUUAACCAUUAGCUACUCUACUCUGAUGACCUGCAGCCACCUCACAGUACUGCUCCUAAUGGACAACAAGAUCACAACUCUUCCUGAGAACACUUUUCAGUCUCUAGUGGUUCUAGAAGAACUAGACCUGUCGGACAACCGGAUUACUGAGCUCCCCAACAACACCUUUAAGAGCCUAAAGUCUCUCGUCAAACUGAACAUAUCCCAUAAUCCUCUGUUCCACAUCCACCCGGGUCACUUUGAUCACCUGACCCAGCUCCAGUCCCUAGGUCUGGAGGGUAUUGAGAUUCCAGACAUCCAGACGAAGAUGUUUGUACCCAUGGGAAACCUCUCACAUAUCUACUUCAAGACAUUCCAGUACUGUUCCUAUGCACCCCACGUGAGAACGUGCAAGCCCAACACAGACGGAAUCUCUUCCUUCGAGGACCUGUUAGCCAACGUGGUGCUCAGGGUCUCUGUGUGGGUCAUGGCCUUCAUCACAUGUUUUGGGAACCUCUUUGUCAUCGGGAUGAGGUCUCUGAUCAGGGCAGAGAACAACUUGCACGCCGCCUGCAUCAAAGUCCUCUGCUGUGCAGACUGUCUGAUGGGUGUGUACCUGUUCUUUGUCGGUGUGUUUGACGUGAAGUUCCGAGGGGAGUACAAUCGGAACGCUCUCCUGUGGAUGGAGAGUGUGGAAUGUCGAACCAUCGGAUUCCUGGCUAUGCUCUCCUCAGAGGUAUCAGUUCUGCUGCUGACCUACCUGACUAUGGAGAAGUUCCUGGUCAUAGUGUUUCCCUUCAGCCACCUGAGACCUGGUAAACUACAGACUGUGGUGGUGCUAGUGUCUAUCUGGGUGCUGGGGUUCAUCAUCGCUGUGGUUCCCUUGCUGAACGACGAUCUGUUUGGGAACUACUAUGGUCGUAAUGGGGUCUGCUUCCCCCUACACUCUGACAGACAGGAGAAACCCACUGCUAAAGGAUACUCUAUCGGAAUAUUCCUUGGUCUGAACCUGGUAGCCUUCCUGGUGAUCGUGUUCUCCUACUCCUCCAUGUUCUACUCCAUCUAUAAGACUGGAAUCAAUGCUACAGACCUGAGGAGCAGGCUACACAGAGAUGUGGCUGUAGCUAACAGGUUCUUCUUCAUCGUCUUCUCUGACGCCCUCUGCUGGAUCCCCAUCUUCCUGGUCAAGAUACUGUCCCUGCUGCAGGUAGAGAUACCAGGUACCAUCUCAUCCUGGGUGGUGAUCUUUAUAUUACCCAUCAACAGUGCCCUGAACCCCAUCCUCUACACCCUGACUACCAGCUUCUUCAGAGAACAGGUGGAGGUGCUGCUGUGUCGCUGGCAGAGACGGUCGACCAUGAAGAAGAACAGGAAGAGCCUGACCUCCUCUAUCAUACAUGGAGGCCUCACGGAAUACAUCCUAUCACCCCCCAGUCUACCUACUGACAUGGACCCUCGCUAUGGGUGAGGGAAGGAGGGAGAGACAUACUACCACCCCCCUUCAUAUCUGCCCAGAAUUUCAUUGGAUCCUGACUGUGGGUAGAAAGGGGGAGAGUGGAGUAAAGAGGAAGGACAGUAUUCAUUUUACCACCACCUGAAUCCCACUGACUGAGAUAUGAAGGCAUCUCUCCACCUGGGGAAGGAGAGGAGAUAUUUUACCACCACCUGAAUCCCACUGACUGAGAUAUGAAGGCAUCUCUCCACCUGGGGAAGGAGAGGAGAUAUUUUACCACCACCUGAAUCCCACUGACUGAGAUAUGAAGGCAUCUCUCCACCUGGGGAAGGAGAGGAGAUAUUUUACCACCACCUGAAUCCCACUGACUGAGAUAUGAAGGCAUCUCUCCACCUGGGGAAGGAGAGGAGAUAUUUUACCACCACCUGAAUCCCACUGACUGAGAUAUGAAGGCAUCUCUCCACCUGGGGAAGGAGAGGAGAUAUUUUACCACCACCUGAAUCCCACUGACUGAGAUAUGAAGGCAUCUCUCCACCUGG